UUGCUGGCUCUCUCCAUCCUCACCAAAGAUCCUCGCGCCCUCGAUCCUCCGCCGCCGCCCGCCUGAGUCCCAGCAUCCCUCGGUCGUGUGCUGCCUCGCCGCUUCCUCUGCGCCCCAGACACAAACACUUGCGCCUCACCCCCGGCCAGGCACCACCAAACAUUUUGCUAGCCAACAUUUUGCUACCGCCACCACCAGCUGCCCACCGCCAGACCGCCCAGCAUGCUCUCGCCUACGAAAGUCGCAGGCCUCUCUGCAUACAUCCCCCACCGCGUGCGCCGGAAGUGGAGGGCUACCAAGUCGCGGAUACACAGUCGCCAGUCGGUGACGUCGUCAAUCGCCUCCCUCGAGACCUCGUGGUCGCCCUCGGACACAAUAAAGGCGCUGCGCACCCAUCCUUGGAGCAUAUACGACGCACAGUACCUGUUUCUGGCGAUUGUCGCCAUCUUCUCGCUGUCGGUCAGCGAGGCGCCCGGCCCGUUUGCGAAGACGUUUGCUGCGACUGCGCUCUUGACUGGUAUUCUGGUGCCCGUCACCCGACAGUUCUUGCUACCAUUGCUUCCAACACUAACAUGGCUGUUCCUAUUCAAUAGCUGCAAAUAUGUUUCGCCCGAAUACCGCCCUGCCAUCUGGGUCCGCGUCCUACCUGCGCUUGAGAACAUCCUCUACGGCGCCAACCUAAGCAACAUCAUCUCUGCUCACCAGCACACCGUUCUCGAUGUGCUCGCGUGGUUCCCCUAUGGACUUGUCCACUACGUGUCCCCAGUCAUUGUCUGCGGAUGCAUGUUCAUUUGGGGACCUCCCGGCACGCUGCCUACCUUCGCCCGCGCGUUCGGUUACAUGAACAUUACAGCCGUCCUGAUCCAGCUUGUCUUCCCCUGCUCUCCACCUUGGUACGAGAACACCUACGGGUUGGCACCUGCCAAUUACUCGAUUCACGGCGAUGCAGCGGGAUUGAAGGCUAUGGACAGGAUCCUUGGCUUCGACAUGUACACCUCCGCAUUCCAGGCUUCGCCUGUGGUCUUUGGUGCAUUCCCUUCUUUGCACUCUGGAUGGGCGACACUGGAGACACUAUUCAUGGGACACGUCUUCCCCAGACUGUUCCCUGUCUACGUGUUCUACACCAUGUGGCUGUGGUGGUCGACAAUGUACCUUCAGCAUCACUACGCUGUUGAUCUGGUUGCUGGCAGUCUUCUCGCCGGUGUCUGCUACUUCUUCGGCCGUGCCAACUUCCUUCCCCGCAUCCAGCCUGACAAGGAGUUCCGCUGGGACUACGACUACGUCGAGAUUGGCGACCCUCAGGACGGCGCUGGCUACAGCAUGCUCGACAUCUACGAGGAGUUCCAGCCUCAGUCUGACUCUGAUGACUGGGCCAGCGGCUCUUCUUCGUCCUACUCGACUGGCGGCCGCAGCCCCGUGGGCGCACGCUCACCUACCGACGACUCUCAGAGCCUUUGGGAUGGCGACACAGUUGCAUCUGACACCGAGUCCUCUAAGCACUGAGAAUCUGUACCUCAACACCUCCGCCCUCCUCAAACACAUUCCUACGAUCGCCCACCACCACCUCCCAGUGACGGCCUUCACGAUUUAUGCAUAACAACGGAGUUUUGUUUUUGCUAGCAUUUCAGCGACACCAUCGAUUGAAUCACAUAGCAUAGACCUCGGGAGAACGAACGCA